AUUUGCGUUUGAAUAAUAAUAAUAAUAAUUGCAAACUCUGAAAUUUGUAUGUAUUUACUAUAAAUUUUUAAUUGCAGGAAGUCCUUGGACGGUAGUGGUGAUGAGUGGAGGUCCGGGACCGAAGGUGGCCGCCAUCGGAGAGGCUGUCCGCCUAGUUCCAGUAGACCUCACAACUUCGUUCAAGAUAUCUGCUGUAGGAUAUGGGGUCGAUGAUAUUCAAGCUAAUGUCAUUAGUCCAUCUAAACGUGUGCUGGAGUCGUCUAUAAUCAGUGAAGGAAACGGAUUAUUUCGUAUAGAAUUCACUCCUUCAGAUGUUGGAAGCCAUGUUGUCGAAAUCAGUGUUGGAGGUGAAAAACUGCCUGGAGGUCCACUAGUCGCUAAAGUGUACAAUUCAUCACUUAUUAGGGUUAGUGAUGUUGCGAGUGGUGUUGUUGGACAACCGUCUCAAUUCAGGGUUGAUGCAAGUCAGGCAGGAGAGGGCCAGUUAGAGAUUUCUAUUAAUGAAGGCGAAGUUCCCAACCAUGUCACUGUCGUCGGAGGUGGAAGGUGCCUUGUCACGUUUACACCAGAGCAGAACAAACCUCAUCUCAUUGAUAUUAAGUUUAAUGGGGAGACCGUACCUGGUUGCCCCUUUGUUUGUUCUGUCGCCGACACUAGCAAAGUUUCUGUGAACCUCAGCAGUUUAGAGUUGAUUCCGAUUAACCAACCUGCUAAGUUUCACAUGACAGUUGACAGCUCAGGUUCAGCAGAAUUAGCAGUAUCAGUCACAGGUCCUCAUCAUGAGCUUCCUGUACAAGUAACAGGAAACGUGAUGUCAGGAUUCACCGGGGAAUUCACGCCUAGAACUGUCGGCCCACAUUCAAUAUCUGUGUUGUACAAUGGUCAGCCCGUGCAAGGCACCCCGUUUACAGCCAAAGCUUAUGACGCUUCCAAAGUAUAUGUUGGACCCCUCCCGCAUGGCCAUGUUGGAUCUCCAUUACAGUUUACUGUGGAUGCUUCCCAGUCUGGGGAAGGCAAUUUGGAGAUUACUAUCAGUGCCAGGGGAGUCAACAUUCCUACUCAGGUUCAGCCGCAGGGAAACGCUAGGUUUCUUGUGAGCUUUGUCCCUCUAGAACCGACCCAGCACAUAAUUAGCAUUCAUUUUAACCAAGAGGCAGUCCCAGGCUCUCCAUUCACUGCCCAUGUGGCCGGUGACUUCCCAGUAGUGAGUGGUAAUUCACUCUUAACAGCACAACUUGGUGCUGAUUCACACUUUACAAUGAGUAAUGUAUCAACUUCGCUAGAUGACAUUGAAGUCACUGUUGAGGAAACAAAACAAAAGAUUGCCCCAAAUCUAGGACCAAGUGGGCAGUCAGUGCCGGCACAGGUGAAGGACACAGGAAACCAGACAGCGCGUGUCGAAUUUGUCCCCAAGGUUGUUGGAGAGCAUAAAAUCACUGUUACCUACAGGCAUGUUCAAGUCGCAGGCUCUCCAUUUUCAUGUAAAGUUUAUGAUGUAAAUGCUAUUAAAGUGAAACCAGUUUCACAAGGGACUAUUGGGCAACCAGUCACUUUUUUAGUUGAAACUAGUCAAGCCGGACCGGGCAACCUGGAGGUAACAGUGAACGGCGGAAGGGUGGGGACAACAGCACAAACUCAAGGACCGCAUACCUACGCCAUCUCUUUUACACCUCGUCAGGCGACUCCUCACACUGUUGAUCUUAAAUUCAAUGGAAACAAUGUUCCUGGGAGCCCAUUUACUUGUAGCAUCAGUGAUGUUGGACGAGUGAUAGCUCCAGCGGAAGACAAGAUAAGUGUAGGGAAAUCAGCAAGUUUUAAAGUUGAUUGUGGUACUUUAGGACCUCCUCAAGUAACAGUUACUUCACCUACCAGAGCUGUUCUUCCUGUUACCAUAACACAACAAGCAAAACAUUAUAUUGCCUCAUUCACACCAAAACAUGUAGGUGAUCACAGCGUUGAAACCAAACUAGGUGGCACCCAUGUUGAAGGAAGUCCGUUCUUGUUGAAGGCUUACGAUGCUUCCAAAGUAAAAGUGACUGACAUCAAUUCAGGACCAGUUGGAAAACCUGUAUAUUUUAGUAUUAAUGCAAGUGAAGCUGGAGCUGGAAAUUUAGAAAUAAUAGUAGCAGUAAAUGGUUGCAAUGUGCCAAAUUAUGUUCAAAGUGAAGGAAAUGCCAAGUUUAGAGUAAAUUUCAAGCCAAAAGAAGCAGCACCCCAUAGCUUAAGCGUGAGAUUUAAUGGAGAACCCAUUCCAGGAUCUCCAUUUACUUGUGAAGUAUAUGAACGAGGUGAGGUUGUAGUUAGUGGACCAGGUGUGAAAAUGUGUUGUGCUGGUCUUCCUACAACACUCCAGGUAGCAUCCGCUGAGGGGUGUGAGGUGCGAGUUACCUCUCCUGGAGGCCACAGAUUACCAGUCAGGCUAGACAGAGAUUCUGCUAGAGGAAUUUCUACUGCAAUCUAUACACCUAUAGAAGUUGGAAGACACAUUGUUUCUGUUGAUAUUGAUGGCCAUCCUGUGAAAGGCAGCCCUUUUUACUGUAAUGUCUAUAAUGUGAACAACAUCAAAGUCACUGGUCUCGGGCCAGCUAAGGUCGGGAAGGCUGUAACAUUUUCUGUUGAUGCAACAGAAGCAGGCGAAGGGACCCUUGAAUUAGUCAUAUCAACCCAAGGCACGACUGUGAAGGCAGAAGUAAAUGCCAUGUCUCGAGGACUCUAUGACGUCACCUUCAUUCCUCAUCUCCUUCAACCCCACUUUGUCAAUAUUACAUUCAAUGAUCAGGAUGUUCCUGGAAGCCCUCUGAGGUGUGAAGUCAUCGAUGGAUCCGCUAACAAGACAACAGCCACUGCUAGAGGUGAAGGACUAAGCUCUGUGGUACUUGGAACUACUGCAUAUUUUGAAGUGAAUCCACAUUCAACUGAACCCACCACAAUUGAUGCUACUGUUACAGGACCAGACAAUAAGAAGAUUCCAUGCCAGGUGGAUAGGUUAGAAUCUGGGCUGUAUCGUGGCCAAUAUCGUCCUGAAAUGGUUGGUCCUCAUUCAGUUAUAAUAACACAACGAUCCCACCCUAUCACAAGACAGCCUUUCACUGCUCAAGUAUUCAACCCAGCUGCUGUUAGAAUUUAUGAUGUAUCAGAAGCAAUUUGUGGUUCUUCUGCUACAUUUAAAGUUGAUACCCACGGUGGUGGUUCUGGAGCUCUUGCUGUUUCUAUAAAAGCUGCAGGCACUGAUGUGAAACACACCCUAAGGGAACUUAAUGGCUCAAAUAUCUAUCAGGUGGUGUACCAACCAGAAAUGAGUGUUCCCCAUAAGCUUCAUGUCAAAUACAAUGGAGUAUAUGUUCCAGGUUGCCCGAUGGAGGUAAAUGUCCAUGAGAGGGGAGGACUAUGCGCAUCAGGUCUUGGACUGUAUCAAGCUUCCGUUAACAAAGCUACUUCAUUCGUGAUAGAAACCACUGGUCAGCCAGCUGACACAUUCGACGUGAUCAUCAGUGGCCCAGGGUCUAUGGCAGUACCUGUCAGGUGUUAUCAGCAAAAAGAUGGAAAUCUCCUAGCUGAGUUUAUUCCCACUAUUAUAGGUGCUUACAAAAUUGAAGUUCUUCAUAACUCCAGAGGCGUUAGAGGUUCACCAUACUUUUGCCAAGUAUUUGAUGCAACUAAAAUAAAGGUGGAAAAUAUGACAUCCAAUACUGUUGUUGUAAAUGACAGUAUUUCAUUUAAAUUGCUGCGGAAGGAUGCUGGUUUUGCAGAACUUGAUGUUACUGCCAGAAGCCCCCUUGGUCAAGACCUCCCCCUCUCUGUUAAAAGUAUAACAUCUGAUACUGACCUUAUUGAUUUGUGUCCAUCGGUACCUGGAAAGUAUUCCUUCAACAUACUGUAUGGUGGACAUGCUAUACCAGAUUCUCCGGUAUCGUUCUCAGUUAUUGAGGGUGGUUCAGCUAGAGCCUGGGGUCCUGGCCUCUGUCGAGCACAAGUUGGGAUGAUGGCUCAUUUUAGUGUGAGUACGGUUGGCCUCGUGCCUCCGGCUAAGCCUCAAGUGUCGAUCAAUGGACCCGCUCAUACCCAGGCUGCUCUGUCCGUUAAACGGCAGGACCAGUAUGAAGUUACCUAUACCCCUCCCACCGUCGGCAUGUAUGAUGUGACCAUCCUCGCAAAUGGAAAGCAUAUAUCAGGUUCACCUUUUAGAGUGUACGUUGUGUCUGUUGAUAAAGUCAAGGUUAUUGGUGAUCCUCUUCCCAACAGGGUUAUUAUGACUGUCAAUGUGCCAUAUAGGUUACUGCUGGAUUUGGCGCAUGCUGGUCCAGGUGAGUUAAGUGGUGAACUGACCGGGGAAUGUACAGGUCCUCAGGGGAGUGUUGUACCCGUUAAUAUUGAACAAGAAAGUCCUGAGACAGGUCAGGUGACAGUGACUCCUAGAACUCCUGGGCCCCACACUCUAUCACUGCAUUACGCUGGGUUUCCUCUACCAUUUUCGCCUCUUUCAGCGCUUGCAGAGGCGGGUAAUGGAGGUGUGAGGCUAAUAUUGACUGGAAAAGGUCUUGCCACGGCCAUCUGCAAUCAGGUUGCAGAUUUCAAUAUAGAUGGCUCUCAAGCAGGACCAGGAAUACCAGAAGUAACGUUAACAGGAAUGAAAAAUGAUAUUAAGGUGAAUCUAAUUCAUGUUGGAGACAAUGUUUACAAGGCAACUUACACACCUUCACAACCUGGAGCUUACCUGUUGAAUGUUAUGUGGUCUGACAGGCAAGUUAAAGGAUGCCCAUUGAAAGUGACAGUAACAGCAAUGUGUGAUGCCUCGAAAGUCAUUUGUUCUGGUGAAGGCCUCGGUGUGGGCACAGUUGGUCACCAUAUUAGAAGUUUUAUCGAUACUAGGGCAGCUGGACCAGGAGAACUGUCUGCUCACUGUGUUGGACCUCAUAAAGUUGCAUACUGUGAACUUUAUGACCACGGGGAUGGUACAUUUACACUGAAUGUUAAACCUCAAGAACCUGGCAGGCAUACGCUGACUGUCAAGUAUGGAGGCGUCGACGUACCCGGGUCCCCAUUCGUCUUGAGGAUAUGUGGUGCUGCUGAUGCAAGUAAGGUUCGAGUGUUUGGUCCGGGUAUUCAGCAUGGUGUUUUGGCAACCUUCCAGAGCAGAUUUAUAUGUGACACCAGAGGAGCUGGAGCUGGUCAACUCGCUGUGAGGGUCAGGGGGCCUAAAGGAGCCUUCAGAGUUGAAAUGCAAAGAGGAAGCCAAAAGGAUCGUAUGAUCAUGUGCAAGUAUGAUCCUACAGAGCCUGGUGACUACCGAGUAGAAGUGAAAUGGGCUGGAGAGUUGGUCCCUGGUUCACCGUUCACAGUCAUGAUAUUCGAUACCCAAGAGGAACUGAAUGCUUUUGUUCAAGGUAAUCAGUCACCAAAUUCUGAUAUUUAUGGGAGCAUCGCUUAUUCGACAGGCUACGCUAACAUCACUCCUUGACACAAUCAACAUCGAUUCAAACUGCCCACGUGUUUGUUAAAAGUAAUUUUUAAAUGCCAUAAUUGUUUGCAAGAAUUGUAAAUAUGUACAAAAAUAAAAAAAAGAAACCAAUAUGACUGAAAUGUAAAAUAUAUAUAUGUAUUUAAAAACUGUUUUAAAAAAUUUAUUUGUAAUAAAAAGAUGUGAAUAUACGUAUAAUGUUUUAGGGACCUGACAAAAUUGAAAACAUAUCUAAAUACAGUAGCUUGAAGCUUAUGUAUUUAUAUGUAUCAAUUAAUGUAAUUAUUAUAUUAAACUUAUUUCAUAGAUAAGUUUUUAUCAUAUAAGUUUCAUAGAUUUUUCAAAUUAAACAUUUCCAAGAAGUGUGCUUGUAAAUUAACAACAUUCCAUAAAAAAAUUAAUCGGUUGCUCUAUGAUAAAAUUAAUAAAAAUUUUUUUUUAAUAUUUGUAAUCUUAUACAUUUUUUUCGGCAACCAAAAUGGUUAUACAUAUUAUUGGUAAUUUUUCAAUACUUUGAAUUUUAUCAAUUUAUAAUUUACUUUUACAAUGCUUACUUGUGAAUGUAGCUUAUCUCAAAACAGUAUCAAAUAAAAAAUGAAGUUUUCUUAGUUGGUUGUUUAGUUGAAUAUUUAUUGAAUAAUCUACAAACUUUGAUGCAUCAAAACAGAUUUAUGAAUAAAUGGGGUAUAUCAAUAAAUUUUGUGGAAUUAUUAAAUGCAACAAUUGUUUAAAAGAGCCAAAAUAAAUUAUCAACUGAAAAAAUCGUUUGUAAUUGUGUACUGUUUUGAAAUAGACUUGUGGCAUUUUCUCAUCCAAAAAUAAAAAACAAAUAAAUAAAAUAAAGUAAAUAACAAUAUAAAAACUAUUUAAAAAAAAAAUGGUGUGCCCACUCACACGACUUUCCUACCUAUUUCAGAAAAGUUUUUAUAUCCAUGAAGAAACAAAAAACAAUUGAAUUAGAUUUAUUUUUCUGAAAAUUGAUCAAAGAAAAGAUUUGAGUAUGAUUUAUUUGGUAAACUAAAGCAAUGUAAAUGGAUUAAGUUAGAUCAGUGUAAAAAUUUCAAAACCCUCUAAUAUUGCUGAUCAAAAACUUUUGCCAUAGGCUAAUUUUGUCAAACAAUAAUUUUUGUUAAAAGUAGAGGAAAUAGUGAAGCUUGUGUUAUGCUGGCAACAGAUUUUCCUAUUUUCACUUAGUUAUCUUUUUUUUCUCUCAUUCACCCCUUUCUGACACCAGGAUAUGAACUCGUAAUCUUACAAUUCAAAUUGAAUAGCUGUAACUUCGUUAAUAUUAGUCCGAAAUGAACGAUUUUUUAUAGUUUUUUAGGGAAUUUCAUUACCUUAAAAAAAAAAAAAAACAAGCCAGACUUAUUAGAACAUUAUGGAUAAGUUUCAUCAAUAUCGAAAAUUUGACCCAAUCGCAAUACUUUCUUUACCAAGUAUAGGUAGGGAAGUAAUAAAUUAAAACGUGUAGAAAAUACAAUAAGCUGUAUCAUCGCUAAUACUGGUUUGAUUCCGAUGAUUUUUUGUUUGUUUUAUUGGAAAUUUUAUUACCUUUCAACAAUAUUAUUAUAAAUUUUACCAUAUAAUAUAUACUUAGCAAGUUAGGCCCUAAACAUUUUUCUUUUCUUUAUAACUUUUUUUUGGGGAAUUUAGUCCAGGUACGAAAAUUGAAAGAACAAUUAUUAGAACUGGUACUUAAAUAAUAGCGGGUAGCGUUAAACCCUCCCUUCUUAUCUAAUCUCAUUUCACAUAACCUCCCUUAUCUCAUCUAACCUUAGUUAUUCCAUUGUUUAUAUUUUGUUUCUUGUGUUAGUUGUGAAUUAGUGUUAUUUAAUUAUGGAUGUUGUCACAUUGUGGGAAUUGCCGUCUUCAGGAGAAGAAUCUAUAAAAUAUUUUCAAGACGUCAGGAUAUUUGCAAAGGUCAAAUAUUGAGAUGAAGGUCAUCAAAUGAAGUUCGACGGGAAGAUUAAAUGGAGAUUUUUUCCUAGUUAUAACAAAACCGUUUCUAUAAGGACAGGAACCUGGUUAGAGGGGUCGAGGAUUUCUUUUUUAACAGCUUUAAAGUUCAUUUAUGGGUGCUCCCAUAAUUUAACAACAAUACAGUGGGGGAAAGAGCAGCUCAAACUAUCCAACGCAACUAUCGGAGCAUGGAACAAAUUUUUAAGAGAAGUUUGUGCCCAUGACAAAAUUUGUGUCAUGAAUAAAAAAUUGGAGGGCCUGGCAAAGUCGUGGAAGUAGACGAGAGUCUUUUUUCGAAAAGAAAAAAUCAUUUAGGGAGAGUAAUUUUUAAUAUAUAUGUUGUAAAAUAAAAAUAUUUUUUUAUUAUUACAUUUGUUUUUGUUUUUGUUCACAAUUUCAAUAAUAUGAAUACAAUACAAUAAAUAUGAAUACGAAAAUAUAAUAAUAUGAAUAUAGUAAGAUAAAUAUGAUAUGAAGAGCUUAUCAGUGUUAAGGUUAUAAACAUUGGCAGAUAGCAGUCGGACGCUACCCCCUAUUAAAUAAGUACUUUAGAACUUUAUAGGAAAGUUUCAAUAAAAUUGUUAGACCCUGUAGAAAUACAUGUUUUUCAUUUAUUGCGCCACAGCUAUUGCGCAUGGAUCACCGAAUUUCUGUCACAGGCAUCAGUAAUCAAAACCCUACAAAAUAAAAAAAGAAGCAACAAAAUCGGUUCUCUAGUUCCCGAGAAAUUCUUCGCACUGACAGACAGACCAAUGGCUAAAAAUAUGUUUUUCGGACUCAGGGGGCUCUAAAAUGUAUAGAAGACUGCAUAUCGGAAAUUUGACCUAAUCUCAAUACUUUCCUUACCUAGUAUAGGUAGGAAAGUUUAAAAUAUGGUGCAUUGUGCGCAUCACACAACUUUCACUUAGCACCCUGUUCUUAGCAGAAAUAAAUAUUUUCAGAGAAAGGGGAAGUGAAAGUAAAAAUUAUAGAUGCUAUAUUUAUUUAUAUUUAAUCGUAGGUAUUUUUAUUUGUUUAAGUACUGUUAUAUAUACAAAUUUUAAUAUUUAUAUUACUGUAAUCUAUACAAUUAAAUAUUAAAUAAUACUAACGAUAGCAUUUAUGAAAACCGCAAAAGUAUAUGUGCAUAAUAUUGUCAGAAUCCAUAUUAUAUUAAACUUGUAUUAGAUAUGGAAUCCUGUUCUAAUCUUU